AUGUAUAGUGAUCAAUUAUCCCAGCAAAAUACUGAGCAAACUUACGAAAAUAUGCAUUUUAACACAUAUUAUCCGACAACUCAACAAUUAUUUCCAUACAAUGUAAAUUACAGUGGAAAUAUGUAUUAUAAUGUUUAUCCAAGCCAUAUAACAUGUGAUAACAGUACAAUUAAUAAUGCAACAUUAGUCGAUAGAAUAAGAACACGACAAAAAGAUGAAAGAGCCAUUGAGCAAUUUCUCCAAGAAACUGAAUCACAAGUUUCUGUCAAAAGCAAACCAAAGGAAUCAUUUAAGAUCGCGGCUAUUAAAAGUGCAUUAAUAUCGGUGACUAAAUUAAAUAAGCAACUUGAAACCGUUUGUGUGGAACUUGAACACAAUGUUAAUUUAUCAGAAAUAGAAUGGCAGAAAAAAGUCAGUGCCUGUAAUGCUGUAAAACAUGAAAUUUGUGAAAUCUUGAAAACUGUAAAAGAUACAGACUUUCUAAAUAAAGUUAAGAAUGAUUUAAAGAAACGCAAGAAAAAACGUACAAGGGAACAGCGUAGAAGAGAAGAAUGGAAAAAGGAAAAAUUAAUAAAGGAAGAAAGAAGAGCAAGAUUACAUGCAGAGGCUGAUGCGUGGAUUCGAAAGGAGCAAGCAGUAAUUGAACAAGAGAAACAAGAGAAGAAUUUGUGCAGAGACGCGGACAUGAUCUUGUCCGACGUUCGCAGUAAGAGAAGUGAUGCACGCAAGUAUUUAGGAAUUUUGCAAGAAUUACAAAACUUACGAAAUAUCAAGAUGACGAUUGCUCAAGCGAGAGGCGAAAAAUUAUCCUCUGCAACUGAUGAAGCAUUCAAGCAUAACAUCGUUAAAUUAACUGAACAAUGGACUACUUUGGAUUGUGAAUAUGCAGUAGAAGAACAGGAAUUGAAAUUAAUGUUAAAAACGAAUAACGAAAAAAGAAUUGAAAAAGAGACGAAAAAUUUAUUUGCCGAUUGGGAGAAUGCGCUAUUCGGAAUAAAUAUAUUGGCUGCUGAGCGAUCACACAAGGAUUUGAAUAGUUUUAUCUUGAUUCGUACGGCUUGGGAUAAAUUUAUGAGUUCUGAAAACGAUGCAACAACGAUACCGAUUGGAUGGAUAAUGCCUGAAAAACCAUCUUCUGCUGCAUGGCAAAAAUGCCUCAAUAAGGAUAUAUAUUAAAAUAAACGAAUAACGCAAUCAAUCAAUGUAAGUUUACCUAAAGAAAUAAACAAUUUGAUAUGUUAAUUCAAA